UGUCACGAACGCAAAGUUUCGCAAGGGAAAAGUAGCCUUAUUUGCGAGAAAACACAAAACUAUUGAAAUGGCCUCCGUACUCCUUUUAUUCUCACAGCAAAAGAAGUUUAAUUGGUUGCUCCAAAUAUCUUCACCUAAUCCUGAGGACAGGAGUAUUUAAACAGCCUCUGAGGGGAAUAACAUGGCUAGUCCAGAAACAGUGCAACCUGCUCUCACUCACUCACUCCCUUAAACAAGCACACACACCUCUACAUGGACUCCAUGAUUUUACUAAUGGAUUUACAGAUGAUGCUUCUGGACGUAGUGUACUUCAUCCUGCGCUCUUGUCUGCGGAUCGUGCUGAGACCGCGUACGAAGCCCAUAGACGGCGAGUUGGUGCUAAUAACCGGCUCUGGAGGAGCCCUGGGCCGCCUUUUCGCCCUGGAGUUUCCGAAGCACGGUGCAGAAGUGGUGCAGUGGGACAUCAACGGAGAAACUAAUGAGAAGACAGCAAAGCUAGUGAGGGCGCAAGGGGGCCAGGCACACGCAUACACGGUGGAUGUGACAAACCGGGAACAAGUGUACCGCACAGCCGACCAGGUACGGAAGGAGGUGGGAAGAGAUGUGACCUACUUGGUGAACAAUGCCGAGGUGCUGGCCGGUGAGAGACUCCUGGACUGUCCUGAUGCCAUGGUGGAGAGGACUCUGAAAGUAAACUGCCACGCUCUCUUCUUGACCGUCAAGGCAUUCCUGCCCCAGAUGAAGGCCAAAAAUCAUGGCCACAUCAUCACUGUAGCCAGCAUCUUUGGCCUAUUCAGCAUUGCCUGUGUAGAGGACUACUGUGCCAGUAAGUUUGCUGCGGUGGGGUUUCAUGAGUCUCUGGCCCAUGAACUGUUGACACAAGAGGACAUGGAUGGAGUGAAGACCACUCUUAUGUGUCCUUAUAUUGUGGACAGUGGCAUAUUUGAGGGCAGCAGAACUAGGUAAGAGACUGAACUGAUCCUGCCUCCACUGUAGCCCUUAUACUGUGUACAGCAGGCUCUGAAUGCCAUUCUCACAGACCAGCCGCUAGUGUGCAUCCCCAGACUGACCUACCUGCCCUUCCUGGCCAGAGCAUGAGUUCUGUUUCCAUGGGAAUCCAAUGCAGUGACGUGUCGCUUUCUGGGUUUAGACAAGUGUAUGUACCCAUUCACUAAGACCAUGAGGAAGAAAAGAGCAGCUUAUGGUGCCAUAAAGGCUGCUUGAACAUCUGGAAUGCUACAGAUCUGACUGGUCUUUAUUGAACAGCUGCAGCAACUAAUGUGUGAAAUUCUUUUUAAUGUUAUAUUACUCAUGGAUGUUUAGGUAAAUUAAUGUUUGAAGUGAAAUGGGUAUCUUCUAAAAUAUAUUUAAAUAUUAUGUAAUAAAUACGUCCAAUAUGUAUAUAAUUUAACUUAAAUGUGUAUAGGUGUUUUUGUCCUUGGCUUCCCUUUACAUUAAAAUGGAGAGUUUGUUGUACUUGGUUCAUAAAACAAAAGCGUUUUAUGAACCAAGUUCCAAGUAUAAUAUAUUUUUCAUUUCAAUAUGUAAUAUUUAUUAAUAUUUUAAAUUAAAAAGUUUAUUUCCUUUAGAAAAUUACUAGAAUAAAAAACAAAAAGAAGAGAAAAAAAAGGGCUAU